UUGAAUAAACUCUUUCCCACAGCACGUGAACGUAGCAGGAGCACAGCACAUUCCCGGCGCGCCGCUUGCGACGAGUUUCAAGUUCCGCGUCCCGAGUCCCGAGUCGCAAGCCGGAGAACCGGCGUCGUCCCUGGUAAGAGCAGCCCUGAGCCGGGGACCGAGGAAUCGGCGACUGGCCAAGGCGAACGGCGGAUCAUAGCUCCUCAGCCAAGUGAACCGAAACCGGUUUGCAGCGAGUUUAGUUUAGGGGGCGUUCGUGUAGUACUUGCUCAGUGGGGACCGCGGUAGAUGGAACGUCGGUCGGACUCCGUUCCAGGGCGACUUCACCUCGAGUAAACAUGUUGAAGAAAGAUCGGAGGAGGAAACCCACGGCGUGAAAAGUGACUUCCAGGUGGACGGGAAUGGCUUGAUUCCUGCGCGCGACACCGCCGCUGUCAGGGGCGCUCAUGUUUCUUUCGGUGGGAGCAAGAGAAAGUUUGCUGCGCUUCACUCGGAAAUAAAAGCGCCGUUUUGUGACCGCGUGCCGCGGCGUCGUCCGAACAGGCUCGCCAGCAUGUCCAACGCCGCGUUGAGGAAGAACCACUGGACCUCGCGGCUCAACGAGUGCGCCGUGGCCAAAGAUGCCCGAGGGGCCUUGAACGUGCCCCUGCGCGGCGGGGCCGAGAACGGAGAGUUCGCGUUCGUCGGGCAACUCGAGCAGAACCAAGUGCUUUACAACAGCGGACAGUUAAAUGACGGAGAGCUUCUUCUGGAGGUGGAGAACACCCCCGUCUCGGGAUUACCCCUGUACGACGUGCGGGCCCUCAUCGAGAGCUGUAAAGGUCCCGUCCGGCUAAAAGUCGUCAGGCCAGGAAAUAAGCUGAACAAGGACCUGAAACACUAUCUCAGCCAGCGCUUCCAGAAAUCGUCGCCUGACCACCAACUGCAGCAAAUCAUCCGAGACAACCUCUACCAUCACGCUGUGCCUUGUACUACCCGACCCCCCCGUGAAGGAGAAGUCCCCGGUGUAGACUACACUUUCCUUUCGGUUCAGGACUUUCUGGAGUUGGAGAAGAGCGGGACCCUGUUGGAAAUCGGAACAUAUGAAGGAAACUAUUAUGGGACACCCAAGCCGCCGGUGCAGCCCCCCGGUGGGAAAGUGAUUCCCUAUAGCAGCGGCGGUGAUGCCCCACGGCCAGACGGGCUCAGCGGUAGCCGGCCCGGCUCGCCAGACUUCACGCCUCGUCGCAGCAAGUCCUACAAUGACAUGCGCAAUGCUGGAAUAGUGCCUGGAGAACCGCCGCGGGAGGACGACCAGGACCUCCCUGACAUGAACGGUAGUUACCCAGCAGGAGAGUCGAGUGAAUUGGACGAGACUCAUCGUUCGGCGAGAGCCUUCAGCCCUCGCCGAAGUGACCCAUCCUACCUUGGGACCGCCCCCUCCCCGCCGGCCACCACGGAGAGCACUCGGCAGACUCCCCCUAACCUGAGCCAUCCUCCGGAGGAGGAUCCUCAGGGCCCUCUGCCUGACAACUGGGAGAUGGCCUACACUGACAACGGAGAGGUCUAUUUUAUAGACCACAAUACGAAGACCACGUCUUGGAUAGACCCUCGGUGCCUGGACAAGCCUCAGAAAACCCUGGAAGAAUGUGACGAUGAUGAAGGGGUUCAUACGGAGGAGCUCGACAACGAUCACGAACUUCCUCCUGGGUGGGAGAAAAUAGAUGAUCCAGUCUAUGGGGUCUACUACGUUGAUCAUAUCAACAGGAAGACCCAGUACGAGAAUCCCGUCUUGGAGGCGAAGCGGCGUCGGCAAGUGGAGCAGCAACAGCCUCAGCUGCCAAGCCAGCAGCCAGCUGAAGGUCGACCACCUUUGCCGCUUUCUCUUCCAGACUGGACUGAGGACUCAUCGUUUGCCGGGGUCCCUCUCGCAAGUUAUCCCGCCAACCAGCAAGAGACCUACAGGGACCCUCCCACCGGGCCCACUGUGCCAAUGGGACAGAAACGAGGAAAGCCCUUCUUCACCCGCAACCGAUCGGAACUCAAGGGGACUUUCAUCAAUACCAAGCUGAAGAAGAGUCGCAGAGGUUUCGGUUUCACCGUGGUGGGAGGCGACGAGCCGGACGAAUUCCUGCAAAUCAAGAGCCUGGUCCUCGACGGGCCGGCCGCCCUGGACGGCAAGAUGGAGACAGGUGACGUGAUCGUGAGCGUCAACGACACCCGCGUGCUGGGCUACACCCACGCCCAAGUGGUGAAGAUCUUCCAGUCCAUCCCGAUCGGCUCCAUGGUCAACUUGGAGCUGUGCCGGGGCUACCCCUUGCCCUUUGACCCCGACGACCCCAACACCAGCAUGGUGACCUCGGUGGCCAUUCUGGACAACAAAGAGCCCAUCAUCAUCAACGGUCAAGCGGCCUCCGACCGCAUCUACGACUUGCCGCCCGGUCGCGGCGGCCAGAACGACGGCGCCGGCUCGGCCGAGGGCGGUCCGGCUCUCAACGGCCUGCCGCGGCCCCGCAGCCCCUCCGCGGAGGCGGCCUCGGACGGCGCCUCCCGGCGCGGCUACCCCGGCGACGUGGUCACUCUGGCCUCGUCCAUCGCCACGCAACCGGAGCUCAUCACGGUGCACAUGGAGAAAGGAGACAAGGGCUUCGGCUUCACCAUCGCCGACAGCCUCGGCGGCGGCGGGCAGAGGGUCAAACAGAUUGUGGACUACCCGCGCUGCCGCGGCCUCAGGGAGGGCGACAUCAUCGUGGAGGUCAACAAGAGGAACGUGCAGACCAUGUCGCACAACCAGGUGGUCGACUUGCUCAGCAAGUGUCCCAAAGGCACCGAGGUCACCAUGUUGGUGCAGAGAGGGGUGGCACCUGCAAAGAAGAGCCCAAAACUGGAUGAUUUUGAGCUGGCUCCGCCAUACCGAGAUUACACUCGCAGGCAGUUGUCGAGAAAGGACAGUCAGAACAGCUCCCAGCUCAGCGUUUCCAGCCAGCGCAGCGCCCACGCCGACUCGCCCUCGCACUCGUCCUCGGCGCCCGGCCUCAGCGAGAACGCCGCUCCUCCGGUACCGUCGCAGCCCCUGCCGGGGCUUCCGCCCCAGGACGCCGCGGUCGACGGGAGGAAACCGGAUCCCUUUAAGAUUUGGGCCCAGUCCAGGAGCAUGUACGAAAGUAGGCUUCCCGACUUCCAGGAGCAGGAUAUUUUCCUCUGGAGGAAAGACACCGGCUUUGGCUUCCGAAUCCUCGGAGGGAACGAGGAAGGAGAGCCGAUAUACAUCGGCCACAUCGUGAAGUACGGCGCGGCGGACGAGGACGGACGCCUGCGGUCCGGCGACGAGCUCAUAAGCGUGGAUGGCACGGCGGUGGUGGGCAAGUCGCACCAACUGGUGGUGCAGCUGAUGCAGCAGGCGGCCAAGCAGGGCCACGUCAACCUCACCGUGCGACGCAAAACCACUUACGCCGUUAAAGCCGAAGGAGACGUGCCCCCGUCGCCCGCUUCGUCCCACCACAGCGGCACCCGGGCGCCCAGCCUGACGGAGGAGAUGGGGAAGCCGACUCCGCAGGGCAGUCAGAAUUCCCUCAACACCGUCAGCUCCGGCAGCGGCUCCACCUCCGGCAUCGGCAGCGGGGGCGGCGCCAUCGCCACGGCGGUCGCCGCCACCGCCGCCGCCACGUCAUCGUCACCGCCUCCCCACGUAAACGCCGGCGCGCCCGGCUCCGCCUUGCAGCCUUACGACGUCGAGAUCCGCCGCGGGGAGAACGAGGGCUUUGGAUUUGUCAUUGUGUCAUCGGUGUCGCGACCCGAGGCCGGCACUACCUUUGCCGGCAAUACCUGUGUGGCCAUGCCUCACAAAAUAGGGCGGAUCAUCGAGGGAAGCCCCGCCGACCGCUGUGGAAAGCUGAAGGUGGGAGAUCGCAUCCUGGCGGUCAACUCGUGCUCCAUCACCAACAAGUCUCACUCGGACAUCGUCAACCUCAUCAAGGAGGCCGGGAAUACUGUGACGCUGCGCAUCAUUCCCGGAGACGAGUCAUCAAAUGCAUCUUUGCUGACCAAUGCGGAGAAGAUCGCCACUAUAACCACCACUCACACAGCCCAGCAACAGGCAGCGCCGGAGGCCAGAAACAACACCAAACCAAAACAGGAGUCGUUUGACUUUCAAGCCCCUCAAGCGCCUCCCCCGCAGCUGGCGGCGCAAGUCUCCGCCCAGGAUUCCGAGUUUUACUCGGCAGACCUGGAGAGAGACAGCAAAGGCUUCGGCUUCAGUCUGCGGGGCGGCAGGGAGUACAACAUGGACCUUUACGUACUGAGACUAGCGGAAGAUGGAGCGGCCGUCCGCAACGGGAAAAUGAGGGUUGGCGACGAAAUCCUGGAAAUCAACGGCGAGAGCACCAAGGGCAUGAAGCACUCCCGAGCCAUCGAGCUGAUUAAGAGCGGAGGCCCACGCGUCCAUCUGGUGCUCAAGAGGGGUGACGGCUCGGUGCCCGAAUAUGACGGCACCCCUCGCGACAGCAGCUCAGCCUCAGGGCUACAAAACGCUGCGGAAGUGAGUUCCGUGCCAUUCGACGAGCCAUCGGAGCAAAGCUACAAGCCGGAACCCCAAAUCUCAUCCCGGGCCAGGAAGGAGACCACCCACCACACUUCGGGCACCGGCAAGCACCGUUCACGUCACCGCCAUCGCUCUCCUCACAAGAAAACCGGCACGGGAAAACACAAAAGGACAACGUCUCCCGGAAAGAUCAACCUGUUCAAGAAGAAGAAGGAUGAAAAGGCAAAAUACGGCCAGCGCCACCAUUCCAGCGGGCGCCACCACGGCCGCCACCGCUCUCCCGACAAGGGGUACAAGCGGUCACGCAGCGCAGAGAACGCUCUGGACGGCCGUCGCGGGGGACGGCGCGGCAGUCGCUCGCCUGAAAGGCAGCGCGACCACCGCUCUCGCCACCGCUCUCCUUACCGUUCUCGUCAGCGCUCGCCGCGCCACUCGCCGCGCCGUUCGCCUCCCCGCUACAGGUCACCCCCUCGCCACCGCUCCCCUACCAGAGGCCACGGCCGCUCCCCCAACCGCCGAUACGGCCCCCCGCGGGGCAAUGAGAAGCCCGCCGCGGCCGAGGCGGUCUCGAGGGAGCCGCCGAGGUCUCCCGAACCGAGCCUGGCCUUCGAGGACAGCGUCUUGCGCGAGUCCCCCGCCCUGCUCCGCCUCAACAGGGAGGCCGGGGAAGAGCGCGCCGUCGUGAGCGACAGCCUCCUGACGAGGGCCUCGGCCAUGGAGCGAGCCUUUGGCGGCGACGACAGUCUGCUGAGGGAAAUUUCCCGCAACCCCAGAGACACCUACAGGAACGCCUCCCUGCCCAGAGUGCGCACGCCCGACUCUGACUCGGCUUACCACAGGUACACUUCGCUCCUGAGGGGGCGAUCGCCCGAGAGGGUGGACAGGAACUACCACAGCAGGGUAUCGACACCGGAGCCGUACAGAACCCGCAGCCUCGGACGAGACAUCUCCCCGAUCGGAAGCCCCCCCAGAAGGCCAGACUCGGAGGACGAAGAGGACGACGACAACUUUGUGGCGGACAAGGUGAGGGAGUACUACAGCACGCUCCGGAGCGACGCUAGUCGCUCCGCCAGGCCGCCGCUUCCGGAGCCCAAGAAGACCUACAAGGACAACCCCAGAGACCUGAGCAUCUGAUUGGACGGCAGCCCCUCCGAUCGCAGCAAAGACACGCGAUUGGUCCGAAGCUGUCGGAAGCCGUUCAAACCCGCCGGCGUCCACCCCGCGGACUGCCGCGCUUGCGCGCAAAUUUGAUCGAUCGAUGUAACCGUGUUGGGUCACGACCAAGACAAGACGGUGCUUCAUUGGCUUUGUUUUCUCUUGAGGGUUUAUUAUUUCCCCCUUGAUUGACAUUCGACGCAUCGAAUAAUCCAGACUUUUUCAUCAAAUCUAAAAACCUUCCAAACAAUGAUGUGCCUAACAGUUCCAUGACCAACCACUCGUUUGUUUUGUUUGAUACUCGGCAGACAUUUUGUGCCGCGCCAAAAGAAAUGUUCCACGAGGAUCCUCAUGGUGUGCAUGUCUUUACUGGUCUCUCUCUCUUUCUUCAACCCCCGAGUGCCACUGUUUUAUAGAGAUUUCGCCAGACUAUAGCACAAGCCUGCAUUUGUUUGUACAUUUUUGGACAGUUUGCAGUAUGUGUACAUUCAGAGCUGAUCAUUCGAAAUGAAUGAAGGGGAAACUCAACGUUCAACGAUAACAAUGGUGAUGGAUGUUCAAAUAAAAUAAUAUAUUCAUCG